CAUAAUUACUCAACCCAAAACCUAACUAUAAAUUUUUAUUUUUCAAAUAAAUACUAUUUUAAAAAUUUCCAUGUAUAUAUUAAAGGAGGAAAUUUAAACUCUAAAUUAUAAUCACUACAUCCUAAAUCUAAAUAUAUUUUUUAUUAAUGUUUCUAAGAAUUCCCAUUUAUAUAUUAUUUUGGAAAAAAAUUUUAAUUAUAAAAUAUUUAUACAUAUUUUUCAUAUGCAACUGACAAAAAUUUAUCAAAAAAUAUUAGUGACUAUUAAAGACGACUCUCUCUGAUAGGUUGCAGCGCAUAUGAUUGCCACGUCGAACCUUCUAUUUCCACCCAAAGUAUAGCUCCCUCUGUUCUUGGCGCCACCUUUCUUCUUGGUCGUUAGCUCAGUGCUUUAUAUCUUCUCCUUUUCUCUCUAUUUCCAUUCCUCUCGCUCACACUCGUUCUCCCGAAAAGCAACAGAAGCUCAAAAGAUCUUUCUCUAAUCAUAUCAUAUCUCUUCGAUAGCCUCAAAAUUCUCCCUUCUUCUCUCAUCUUCCUCUCCAAGAAAACUCUUUACUUCCCAUGUCUUUGUGAGAUGUUUUGGUCUUGCGUUUGUUGCGUCCUUCUACUCCUAUACAUCAUCUACCUCAUCUUCUCCUUCUUCUACAUCUUCACUCAAGUUCCCCAUGUUCUCCGCGCCUAAAUGGAAGAACAACAUCAACGAGGAGUUCUACGACCUCUCAAGAACACUCGUUCACGUGAAGAAGAGGAACCAACGCGCCAAAAGCGAGACCAUUCUUGCUACUACGGCCUCAGGCAAAACCCCAAGAAGACAACCCACAAAUCUUUCGCGUUAGAAUCUUCAGAACCGAGGAAGAAGAUCUUGUUCCGAUGCGGAGAGUGCGGGAAAGGGUUUCGCUACGAGAAGUGUCUUUCGAACCAUCAAGCGGGGAUGCAUUUAUCGACGAUACAGAGGGUUUGCGAAGAGUCGAUCAAGAGUCUUUGUGGUAGCUUUAGUCUUGUGAGGAAGAAGAAGAGAUCGAGAGUUUUCAGGUACAAGAAGACUUUGUUUACUACGUUUCUUGGAUCGUCUUCUGUUUUUGGUGAGAGUGAUGAGGAGUUAGAAGUGGCGGAGUGUUUGAUUCUGUUGUCUAAGAGUAGUCCUAAAGAUGUAGUAAACGGAAAGAAGCUUGUUGGUGAAGCAACGGAUGUUACUCCUGAAAGGCUUAAUGGUUACUUGAGAAGCAAGAAAGUGAGGAAAGCUGCUGAAUUUGAAUAUGGGUUUUUGAGUAAUGAACAAAAGCUUCUGGAAGAAGGGGACAGUAACGAGAUCGAUCAACAGCUUGUUGGUGAAGCAAUGGAGGCUGUUCCUGAAACGAUUCAUGGUUACUUGAGAGGCAAGAAACUGAGGAAAGGUGGUGAAUUUGAAUAUGGAUUUUUGAGUAACGAGCACAAGCUUCUGGAAGAAAGGGUUAGUACACUCGAAGCUCCAAAAGAGCCUGCUAGUUUCUUGGGAGGCAGUAGCGAAAUCGAUCAACAGAAACAGAGAAGAGCUUGUGGAUUUGACUCUGUGAUUAGUGGCUACGAAACAUGGAAAGAGGCAGCGAGUUUCUUGGGAGACAAGUUUGAGCUUGGAGUUGGAGCUUUUGAGUGUUCUGAUUCAGAUGAUGAGAUUGUUACUGAAUCAUCUGGUAAAGGGAAUGCUGAGCACCAAUGCAGGCUGUGCAGCAAGGUGUUCUCGUCUUACCAAGCUCUUGGUGGUCACCAGACGUCUCACAGGAUGAGCAGAAGCAAGAGCAAGAAGAGCUGCCGAGAGGAAUCAGUAGAGCUUGAUGAUGAUGCAGCGCAAGUGUAGCAAUCUGCUCAAGGAAGGUUCAUGCUUUAGGUUGUCACAGUAAGUACAACACUCUAAAACAGAGCAUGACGAGGUUAUGCUGAAACUCUGUUUUGAAGUUGUGAAGAGUUAGGUAGUCAAAUUUUACUCUGUUUUUUUAGAUGAGAAAAAAAAAAGACAUUUACUUUGGGUUUUGUAAAUUUCUGGUAAAGUUUGAAUCUUUUACAUUCUGAAUCGAAGUUGUGCAUAAUGCGAUAAGUCAAGAUCCAGACUUUUUGCUCUGUUUUCGUAACAGAGUUUUUCCUCUGUUUUUCCGAGGAAACUGUUA